AUGGACCAGCAACAGCAAAGCCGUCGAUACCUUCGCAGCCAAGGUGACGCACCUCCGAAUGCUGUCAAUAACGUCGAUCCCGACCACGUCGCUACCAGUCAAUCCCCGCUGACUCCUCCUCCUUCCGAACCGCCCGUCCCUCUCUCCCCCGUUAUCGAUGGACUCGCUCCUAGAAGCCUCCAGUCCGAAGUCGGUAACGGUACGAGCAACUCUAACCCUCCUCCCUCUAUUCACGACACCCCGUCGAGCGCCAUCAACACCGCUCCACAGGCUCUCGUCCAAGGAGCGCACCCUCCUGUUCCGACGGUGGAAUUUCUGAUGCAACAGAACCAAUUCUUGCUGUCUUCGCUCGCCAACAUGCGCGACGAACUGCGCUCCUUCCGCCAGAGCCAAUCCCGAGAACCCACCCCGGCACACCCCCCCUCUCAUCGCCCCCACGCGCCGAAGCUGAAGAGAUUCGUUGUUCUUGAGACGUCGGAAGAGGGGCGUGAGACCGGCGGCGCUCGGGCUCGAGGUCUGUGA